GAUUUCAUUCUGCUACAGCUGGUGGCUAAGCAUUUCUGCCUGGGAUGGCGGAGGAUCAGGAGCUGACUCAGCCACACAAAGCUCAACUCGAGCCCUCCCUUCAGCAGCGCACCAGCAACACAUACCGCAGUGCAGAGCACUCUCAGGCCUUGCUCAGUGGCUUGGUAUCUCUCCGAGACAGCAGCAUCCUCUUCGAUGUAGUUCUGGUAGUGGAAGAGAAACCUAUUGAGGCUCAUCGGAUACUUCUAGCUGCAUCCUGUGACUAUUUCAGAGGAAUGUUUGCAGGAGGACUGAGAGAGAUGGAACAAGAAGAAGUUCAUAUUCAUGGCAUCUCCUACAAUGCAAUGUGUAAAAUCUUGAACUUCAUUUACACUUCUGAGCUGGAACUCAGUGUUAACAGUGUACAGGAAACCUUAGCUGCAGCCUGUCAGCUUCAGAUUCCAGAAGUCAUUAAGUUCUGUUGUGAUUUUCUCAUGUCCUGGGUAGACGAAGAGAACAUCCUUGAUGUAUACAGACUAGCUGACCAUUAUGACUUGAGACAUUUGAGUGAUCAGCUGGACUCCUACAUUUUGAAGAACUUUUCAGCUUUCUCAAGGACACAAGUGUACCGACAGCUGCCCUUGCAGAAGGUCUACUCCCUUCUCAGCAGCAACCGCUUGGAGGUUAACAAUGAGUUUGAAGUUUAUGAUGGGGCACUUUUUUAUCAUUAUUCUCCAGAGCAACUGGAGACAGAUCAGGUCUCCCUGAUGGAGCCCCUUAAGCUACUUGAGACAGUUCGUUUUCCUCUGAUGGAACCCCAGAUCCUGCAAAGACUUCAUGACAAAUUAAGUUCAUGUCCUUUGAAAGAUACAGUCGCAGAUGCAUUAAUGUACCACAAGAAUGAAUGUCUUCAGCCAAUGCUUCAAAGCUCCCAGACACAGCUAAGAUCAGAGUUCCAGUGUGUAGUGGGAUUUGGAGGGAUGCAUUCUACUCCAUCCAUUGUCCUCAGUGAUCAAGCCAAGUAUCUGAACCCCUUGUUGGGAGAGUGGAGGCACUUUACAGCUGCACUAGCCCCCAGAAUGUCCAACCAGGGGAUUGCUGUUCUCAAUAAUUUUGUAUAUUUAAUUGGCGGAGACAACAAUGUAAGUGGUUUUCGAGCAGAGUCAAGGUGUUGGAGGUAUGACCCACGACAUAACAAAUGGUUCCAGAUCCAGUCCCUACAGCAAGAGCAUGCUGACCUCAGUGUCUGUGUUGUGGACAACUAUAUCUAUGCUGUCGCAGGCCGAGAUUACCAUGAAGACCUGAGGGAAGUGGAGAGGUAUGACCCUAAAAGCAACACUUGGGAAUAUGUGACACCUCUGAAGAAGGAGGUCUAUGCACAUGCUGGAGCAGCACUGGAUGGGAAAAUGUAUAUUACCUGUGGGAGGAGAGGAGAAGACUAUUUGAAGGAGCUACAAUGUUAUGACCCAAAGACUGACCGCUGGGACAUUUUAGCAGAUGGUCCAGUGAGACGCGCUUGGCAUGGGAUGGCUGCACUGCUAGGAAAGCUCUAUGUAAUUGGAGGAAGCAACAAUGAUUCUGGCUAUAGAAGGGAUGUUCACCAGGUUGCCUGCUAUAGGCCAAGCACUGAUCAGUGGACAAAUGUGUGUCCACUUCCUGCGGGACAUGGAGAGCCAGGUAUUGCAGUCUUAGCCAACAGGAUCUAUGUAUUGGGAGGCAGAUCCCACAACAGAGGAAUCCGCAUGGACUAUGUCCACAUUUACGAUGCAGAGAGAGACUGCUGGGAGGAAGGACCCCAGUUGGAGGAUGAUAUUUCUGGGAUGGCUGCCUGCGUCCUCACUUUGCCCAGGGCUAUUUUAAUGGAAACGGAGAAAUGGUUCUCAGAAUGGCAUGCAGACCGCGUGAAGUAUCACCUUGACUUUCCAUCGGAAGUUAUGAGUGUAUCAGACUGGGAGGAAUUUGACAAUUCAAGUGAAGAUUAGAAAACUUUAAUAUUUAUUUUUUUGCCAGUGAAUGAGGAAAUUAAGGCUUGGAGAAAAUACUUAGAGAUUUUAUAUGUCUUUCUUAUAUACAUAAAUCAAUAUUUAAAAGUUUGAAAAAUAAGUGUUCUGCACAAAAUGCCAUUCACAGCCCGUAUCUGCCCAUCUGCAAGUGUUCUGCACAAAAUGCUACUUACAGUCAGUAUCUGCCCACCUACUAGAAAGCAGCAUUUUUAAAGUAACCACAGAA